GAUUGAUUGUAAAAAUAGAAAUAAUUAAGGAAAUAAAGAACAGGAAUUAACGAGGGUAUUAAAAGUGUUUGAGUUCCUGACAAGUUUACAAACCUAAAGACAAACACGUAUCACAAUUUUAUUAGUUAUCACCACAAACUUAAAGACAAACUAGUACGAGACCACAAUUAUAACAUUCGUUUACAUACAGAUUCAUAGCAAGACUUAUGGUCCCAUUAAUAUUAAACUAUUUUCAUUGCGCUUAUCAUGUAAAAGUACUAUCUCAAGCCAUUCAUGGUUUUCCAUUAUUUUCAUCUCUAUACAAGUGCCUUGUUUCCGUAUAUUUCUGGAAUUAAAGAAGCAAGAAAGCGAAAGUGUCCUAGAAAACCAUCAACUUUAUCCUCCUCGUUGAACUGCCACACUUUAACUGUCCGCUGGAACUGAUCAUAUGACUAAAGAAUCAUUAAUAAUGCAAAGGCUCUACACAACCGAUGACAACUUGUUCUUCUUUCAUUGGACUAACUUUUCCUCCGAUAUAAAAAAUAUCCACAUACUCUACACAUCUUACGCUUACCAUAAAGUUCUCUUGGUCCCGUCCCUUUUUCGUAGUGUAUUACCGAGCGAAAAAGUGUCAAAGAGAAAAAGCGCACAUACUAAUAAAAACGACCGAUCCUUGAUCACCAUUACACGUUCUCACUGUCAUAAUUUAUUCACUGACCCCUUUGUCUGACAAAAUGCGUCAACAAGAUGAUAGUACCCCUCUUGCACGUCACGCACAUUCUAGUUCCCGCAAUAUGUACGAUAAUACAAUAGAACUUUUGUGUUUGAAGACUUACGUCUCAGGCAUGCGUUGUAAUAAUCCUUCGUACAAGUCGGAUAGUUCUUCAUGGAUGAUAAGAGACAGUAUUCGUUUGUCCCUGGACAUGGAACGUUCGGACGGAUAUAAUGAUUUAGAGUGGGCGAUAGGUCUAAAUCGGCUCAUGUUGAAAAUCAUCGGUUUGUGGCCACCGGACAAUCGAGAUCCUCAUGAGACAUUAAAAUCAAAAAUUCGACUAUUGUGCAGCAUUAUCACUUUACUUUUCAUACUGGCAAUACCAUCUUUCCUAUCAUUGUUAAGAGUAUGGGGCGACAUAAUACUAGUGGUAGACAACUUGAUAUACAGUCUACCUGUGUCGAUUGCUAUAAUCAAAGUUUUCAUCAUUUGGUACAAACAAGAAGAUUUAGUGUCUUUGAUUAAAAUGAUUGCGAUAGACUGGAUGAAACCAAAGAUGAAAGAGGAACGGGACGUUAUGCUAAAGUUCGCAAAGAUCAGUCGUAUAAUCGCUAUAUGUGGAUGUCUCCUGCCAUUCAUUCCAAUGAUAGUUUGUUUCGCUCUUAUAUAUUUUGGACUGACUCUCAGACAUGUGACGAAUUUGACAGACUCUGGUAAACCUUUAAUGGUACAAACAUACUAUUUACACAACGUUUCCAAGAGCCCGCAAUUCGAAUUGACGGUUGUGGCCCAAGGAGUUGCUUUGUUCAUAACAUGUGUCUCUUAUUAUGCAAUCGACCAUUUCCUCGGGCUAUUAGUCUUGCAUAUAUAUGGCCAAAUGGAGAACCUGCAUACUCGAUUGACACAUAUGGAGCGAUAUAUUAACUUUGAUUCAGUUUUGAAAUACAAUGUCCAGGAUCACAACCGCUUAAUCAGAUCCAUUGAAAUUAUCAACGAUUCAUUUGAUCUAGUGCUACUUGUCAUAAUAAUAUAUUUCGGCAUAAUAUUCUGCCUACUAGGAUUUCUCAUAGUUAACGUUCUUAAUGACGACGGUCAAAUGUCAUUGAUGCAAUUAGGUUGGUACGUUGCAGCAACCAUAACAAUUUUGUUACAUAUGGGCCUUUACUGCGCCGUUGGCGAAACUCUUGUGACGCAAUGUAAAAAAAUUCAUCGUGCCACAUACGACUACACGUGGUACACUUUAGAUCCAAAAGCAUCGAGGAACUUAAUUUUAAUAAUGUUGCGUGCAAGCAAACCAUUGUACAUCACGGCUGGGAAAACAUUUCCCAUGACAAUGGCAACGUUUUGUAACACGGAACAUAAGUGCCUAGUUUCCAAAUUAAAGAAGCAGAAAAACGAAGAAAGCACCGUCCCAGAAAACCACCAACUUUAUCCUUCUCCUUAAACUGCCGCAAUUCAACUGCCCGCUGAAACUCAUCACGCAACUAAAGAAUCAUUAAUAAUGCAAGGUCUCUACACAACCGAUGACAACUUGUUCUUCUUCCAUUGGACUAACUUUCCCCAGCUGUAAAAAAUAUCAAUAUGCUCCACACAUCCCACAUUUACCACAAAUUUCUCUCCCGCCUUUCUCACGUAAUGUAUCGUCGUACAAAAAUGUUGACACGUGUGAUCCCAACCAUAUAUGAAUAUGUGAUACCAAAGAGAAAAGAAACAGACAGAAGCGACAGACCCUCGUUGAUCAUUACACGUUUUCACGAUCAUAACUUAUUUAUUUACCCCUUUGUCUGACAAAGUACGUCACCAAAAUGAUAGUACCUUCUGCAAGUCACGCACAUUCUGGUUCCCGCAAUAUAUACGAUGAUACGAUAGAACUUUUACGUUUGGAGAAUUACGUCUCAGGCAUGCGUCAUAAUAAUGCUACGUACAAGUGGGGCUACUCUUCAUGGAUGAUAAGAAACAGAACUGGUUUAGCCCUGGACAUGGAACGUUCGGUCGAAUAUAAUGGUGCCACUUUCGGCUAUUAAUUCAGUUUUUUUUAAUUAGAUCGAUUACCUUCCAAUUUGAAAUUACUAUGUUUACUAUUACUCAUGUUUACUAUUUACUAUUACUACUAAUACCAAUUAUCAUUAGUAUUAUAUUUUAUGUUUUAUUUAUAUCUUCUCGGACUGAUAUUAAAAUGCUCAUUUGUGUAUCCACGUAUAAACUUUAUCAAUAUAACUUGUUCAAUGGAAUUCAGCACUAUAGCAAUUAAUGGCUAAUUGAUUCGUGCAAUGUCACAGAGACAUCUCAAUUUUGUAAGACAAAAAAGGACCUUUUAUUACACCAUUAUUUUUAAU